AUGGCAUGGCGUUCGCACGGUGAAUCAAAUGCCUCACUGGUAGAGAAUUUACGUAGGAAUGGCUUAUUCAAAGAUGAGCGAGUUAAAAUGACCAUGUUGAGAGUUGAUCGAGCUGAUUUUUGUCCUCGAAAUCCGUAUCUGGACAAUCCGGAACCAAUCGGUUGUAAUGCAACAAUAAGUGCUCCUCAUAUGCAUGCUGCUGCGCUUGAACGACUCAAAGAUCAUUUGACAGAAGGUGAUAAAGCACUUGAUAUUGGUUCCGGUUCUGGUUAUCUAACAACAUGCAUGGCAUACAUGGUUGGUGCAAGUGGUAAAGUCGUUGGAGUGGAACACAUUAGACAGCUAGUGGAUUUAUCAAUCACAAAUAUUAAAAAAAAUCACGCGAAUCUUCUGGAAGGAAGAGUACUAAUCGUUGAAGGGGAUGGGCGCAAAGGCUAUCCUCAGUACGCACCUUAUAAGGCAAUUCAUGUCGGAGCUGCGGCACCAAAUGUUCCUGAUGAGUUAUUGAGUCAGUUAGCUGCAGGAGGACGAAUGUUGAUACCGGUUGGUGCAGCACAUAGUGAUCAGCGCUUUUUACAAGUGGAUAAAGACGGUAAAGGUAAAGUUACGGUGAACGAUCUGAUGGGUGUAAUUUAUGUGCCGCUCACUAACAAAGAGAACCAAAUUGGACGGGAUCAAUAA